AUGGGGCUUGUUGAUACUAAGACUUAUACAGCAAAUUUUGGGACGGGUGAACUUGAGGGGGAACUUGAUUCUCUUGUGGAGGGGGCUAAAAGUUCUUUGAUUUUGGCCAAUUUGAAGAAUCAUCUCAUAAUUGACAAGAUGGCGGAGAGGAUUCGUGAGUUGGACUCCCAGGUGCUAGCAACUAACAAGGAGCUCAGGGCGACCCAGACUCAACUGGGUCAAAAGAAGAAAGAUGUGGCUAAGAUGGAGGAUUAUCACAAAAGGCUGAAGGAAAAAGAAACAGAGGUUGAUCAGCUGGGUGAAAAAGUUAAGGGCCUGGAGAAGGAACUCAGGGUUAAGGCCAAUGAGUGCAAGAAAAACAAAGAUCUGGAGGUGGAAGUCCAAGACCUUAGAGAUAGGGUUGAGGGUCUCAGGAGCAAGGCCAGGGCUAGUCGUAAUAGUAUUCUGAGGGAGUUCCAGGAUUCUAAGGAGUACAAGGACAUCCUAGAGAAUAGCUACUCGGAGGGAUAUACUGACUUGCUUACCCUGUGGGUGGAGCAUUUUGGUGAGAAGGGUAUGGGAUGGGCAGUUUCUUUGGGUGUUGAUGCUGUGCCUUCAGAAAUCAAGGGUAGCCCUUCUAAGGUUACACUUGCCGAUGCAAGUCCAGGUCUUGCCCUGUCAAGUCAUGAAGUUGAGGGAUUGGACAGUGGAGGAGUCGACCAGGCAAGCGGGUCAGUAUUGGGAGACGAACCUACCGAGGCACUAAGCGACGACCAUCAGCAAGGUAAGUCCGGCACUGGUGACACUCCAGCUGAGGACAAAGGGGGUGCUCUUGGAGGUGGGGAAGAUGGGGAUGAAAGGGCUAAGGUGACAAAUGCCGAUCCUUGAAGUGUCAAGGGUUG